AUGGAAAGACAACGAAAUGAGACAGAAAGAUUGGAUACUGAGUCAAAAUCGAGCUUGCCUCCUACUUUGUCUAGUUGGUAUAUUGAAGAUGACGCUGCUGAUUUAUUUACUAGGACAAAUUUUUACAAAGUUCAAGAGGAGAUCCUGGCAUCCUGUUUAGAUAUGCAGAUAAAGCGUAUGAGUGAAGAAGUGGAUGGAGUGACCAGCUUUGAAAUUAAGGAUGUGAAGGUGAAGGAUAAAAUUUUUAAGGUGUCAGUCAGUAAAGACCAUGCUGUUUGUUCAUGCAAAAAGUUUGUCAUGUGCGGUAUAGUUUGUAGACAUAGUUUUUGUGGUCUGAAGCAGAUUGGUGUAACUAGAUUUCCUAGAAGUCUUCUUCUUAACCGAUGGUCAAAAAUUGCGGUUUGUGGUAGCUCAUCUGAUAUGAUAUAUUCUGAUUACUUUAAGAUGGAGAAAGUAUCGGCUAAACUGAUGAACAUUUGGUUUGAUUUCCGUCAAGUGCUUAACAAGGCUGGUGUGCAAAUGGAUGUUCUUGAUUUUGUGCACAAUACUGUGAAGGAGUUAAAUAUUGAAGUUGGGAAUAAAUUUUGGCUGGUGGUAUUUUUUCUAAAAAAGAUCACAUUGCUGCUAUGA